AUGAUUGGUGUGAGAUGCAAAAUUUGCAUACGGCAACUGGGGGAUUCUAUUUUUCGUGAGCCUGUCGUUGCGCGCCCUGCGGUCGUUGCGAGUAUAAUCUCGGAGGUCGCCUCCGAGCAUUGGCCUUUUCCAAUUGUUGAACUCAUUUCUUACAUCUUGCUUACUCGACAGCCGUAUGCGCAACUUGCGUACCUUCCUACUCUGGUCGCUUCGAAACAAAAAAAAAAUGUCAAAGACCUGCACAACAGUUGCAGAUUUCUAUCCACUAUGUUCCCUUACGUAAAUUCCAUUGGAUCAACAUGA